AUGGGUGAUCUGGUUAACGCCAAAUCGACUACUACAUCUGCAAAUCAUUUCACAAUAUUUACUGGUGAUACAGUACCAAAUAAGCAUCUUGGCCCAACACGAGAUCAUACAAGUAAUUCAACCACAGGUGAUUUUCUCCAUUGGAAUCCACAAUAUCCAUUAACUGUCAAAGAUAUUGAUCACGCAUUCAUUUUAAAAACCAUUGUAUUCGAUUAUGAUAUGUUAAAUUCUUGUGAAGUAACACUGAAUAUUUAUGUCACUAAUUCUGUUUCAGUACCGAUAUCAGUUGCUUUUAAUGAUACAGAAUUCGAUCAAUGUAGCAUUCUUCCACCAACGACAAUUUCGACAAUAACAACAACUAUAACACAAUCAUCUUUAACGAUAUCAACAUCAGCAUUUGCUUCAACAACUCGAAGUAAUGCUCAUCAAGUAUUGUCGUCAACUGCAACUGAGUUGAUGUUGAUGAUAUGUCGAAGAGACUUUUAUCGAAGUUUAAUAACUUAA